AUGGAAGUCGUGACCAGCAAAACUGUGUGUCCGGCAGUGGGAUGGGGACCCGCUGCGUGUGACACCUUUAGCCACGGCCCUGAGGAAACAAUUCCACAACGAAUGCCAAGGAAAACAUUAACUGGCCUUCAUAGAAUGACCGGCGUUUUUGGACGGGUGAGGACUUUCCCGACGUCCCCGGACGCAGUCCCAAAAACAAAGGUCAUCAUCGGGAACCUCUGGGUCACUUGAAAGUUGUCUCACGGGCCUCGGGUCGUUCCCAAUGACGACCCGAACGGCACCUUCAAACUUUCCAGAUCCAACUAAUUUUCCGACUGCUUCAACAGGAUGGUGUGACUUGUGUGGACGUAUAUAAGAGACGGUGUCGAUAUGCGAAACUUCGGCAACGUGUGUCUCCAGUAAUGCCGAUUUGCUGUUAAAAAUUCCUGAGGAAUUCCUCUCUUUUCGAAGUAUCCAGAGAGUGAACGAUAAAAAAAACAUGGAUUGGAAGUCAUCACAGAUCUUCAAGUGACAUCUAGCCGAAAGAAGAUAAAGACUGAUUGUUGGUAAGAACCAUAGAUGACGCUCAAGAUUCAUGAAUCGCUCACUUCGCACUGCUCGGAAAUUGGAGUCUUUCUCAAACUGCCUCGGUGGGUGGUCAGUUCAUGGCAAACACCGAGGUUUUUCUUUGGCAUCGGCGGGACAUCGUUGCUGUUCAGCAAUUCGAAUGCCUUCACGAAUUGAAAUUGACUUCUUACUUGUCUUGUGAGUGCUGCUGAUGAUGCGUGUCAGCGAAGACGUCUCGUCGAAAAGGAGAUCCUUUUUCUGCAUCGGUUCGGGAAGUAACAAUUUUUUUUGCUCACACAUAUUUCACCCCAUUCCCGACGUGUUUCCAUUCCCUGGCUCGGAAUGAAUGUGAUUCGCGAACGUUUUUUUUUUGUGGCAUGAUUACUGAAUUUCAAUAUGUGAAUGUUUGGAAAGAAAAACUUUUAAAAAUGCUCAUCGAGUUUGGGGGACUUGAUGUGCGGGAAAAAAAGAAUUUUCGAAUGUAGAAUUUUAUUGAAUUCCUUUUAAAUAUAAGUACGAUCUUUCCUAGAUUUGUAAAAUGUGGCACCCCGAAAUUUUUUGAUGCGUGUUCGUAUUUGUGUCGGCUGGAAGAGCUUGACACUGUAAAUACAUUGGUUCGUAUUACAGAUGAAAAUUGUUGGGAAUGUUUGCUCAUCAUGCAGAAAGUAUUCAAACCGUUUGAUUUUCAUGUGCGUGGAAAUAUAGCCAAAGUUGACACCUAAUGAAAAA